GUCUGGCGACUCGAUCCAUGUGUCGCAUGAAGGCUGACAUAUUGAAACCCGAUGGUUGAUGACAUUUAUUCAUAAGAAAGGUUCAUUCCCUGGUUUUUCAAAGUUGUAAUAACAAUGAAAGUCUUCAGCGAUGCGGGGAAUUUUCAGACUCUUAAACUCGAAAUUGCUUUGUUAAAAACGGACUUGGAGAUAGCCAAAGAAGAGGUAGCUCACGAAGCCAAAGUUGUGCCUUACCUGACAAGGAACAAACUGCCAGUUUUACAGCUGACCACAGGAGAUUAUCUAUUUGUCGUCAACUCUGCUGUUAAGUUUAUUCUAUCAAACUGUGGAAAGGUAGCUGAAGUGUGCUCAGUAGAUGAAUGGAUGGAAUGGGAAUCCUCACAACUGCAGCCAGUAUUAUUUCCCUACCUUGUGAGUGCCAUAGGACAUGGUAAACCAGAUGAGAGUCUGAAGACAUCUUUAGGUCAGCUAAUAAAGAAGCUUGACCAGCAACUUCAUGGAAAACAAUUUGUUGUUGAGGGGGAGAUAACUGGUGCUGAUAUAGUCAUUUGGAGUUCACUGUACCCAGCUCUCUGCCCUAAGGGAGCUUUUGCAGGCUGGGAGAGUGAGUUCAAGUCAGUGAAACAGUGGUUUGACAGGCUCCUUCAGUUACCUGCAUUUUCAACUGCAGUUGAAACAGUAACGAAAGGAAAAGGUGUUUCUGCAUUCAAGACAUCACUUUUGUCCCAGCCUGUGCCCCUGAGCUUGAAAUCUGCAAAUUCUGGGUUGUCAGCAGGUGUUAAAGCCAUGUCAGUGGUGUCAACAUCCCACACUGGAGAAUCACAGUCAAUAUUUGGGACCAAAGAAGCAACAGAAGCUGAAGUAGAGGCAGCCAUCAAGACCUGGGAACAAGGGAAGAAAACUUGCCCAAAACCUCUGAAAAUUCAACACCCAAUCUUACCUCAGGAAGGGAAGAGAAACAUUUUGAUCACAAGUGCUCUCCCUUAUGUGAACAACGUUCCUCACCUUGGUAAUAUCAUUGGUUGUGUUCUCAGUGCUGAUGUUUUCUCCAGAUACUGUAAAUUACGGAACUACAACUCACUGUAUAUCUGUGGAACAGAUGAGUACGGAACAGCCACAGAGACAAAGGCCAUGGAAGAGGGGAUAACUCCGCAAGAAAUCUGUGACAAAUAUAAUAAGCUUCAUAAGGAGAUUUACGAGUGGUUCAACAUUGGCUUUGAUUAUUUUGGCAGAACAUCAACAAAUCAGCAAACAGAGAUUGCUCAGGAUAUAUUCUGGAAGUUGUACAAUAGACAACUGAUUAUAAAGGACAGCAUUGAGCAGCUCUUCUGUAAUAUAUGUGAAAGGUUUUUGGCUGACCGUUUUGUGGAAGGAACUUGCCCUUUAUGUGGUUAUGAAGAUGCCAGGGGUGACCAGUGUGAUAAAUGUGGUAAACUGAUCAAUGCUGUGGAACUUAAGACACCCAGAUGUAAGAUGUGCAGCGCAAGUCCUUCAGUAAAAUCUACACAGCAUCUCUUCCUGGAUUUGCCUAAGAUUGAGCCAGAAUUGAGCAGACAUCUUAAUCGUGUAUUCACAUCUGGUACUUGGACUUCUAAUUCCAAGACAAUAACGAACUCUUGGAUACGAGAUGGUCUAAAGCCGCGGUGUAUCAGUCGUGACCUCAAGUGGGGCACACCUGUGCCGCUGGAGGGAUACACUGACAAGGUAUUCUAUGUGUGGUUUGAUGCUCCUAUUGGGUAUAUUUCCAUCACAGCAAAUUACACUGACCAGUGGAAAAAAUGGUGGAAAAAUCCAAACAAGGUAGAGAUGUAUAACUUCCUCGGGAAGGACAAUGUGCCAUUCCACAGUGUGAUUUUCCCUUGUACCCUGCUAGGAGCGGACGAUAACUACACAGUUGUCAGUCACAUGGUUGCUACAGAGUAUUUGAAUUACGAGGAUGGGAAAUUCUCCAAGAGCAGAGGUGUGGGUGUGUUUGGGAAUCAUGCCAAAGAGACGGGAAUACCUGCUGAUGUCUUCAGGUUUUACCUGUUGUAUGUACGCCCAGAGUCACAGGACAGCAGUUUUAGUUGGGAUGACUUUCAGCUGAAAAACAACAGUGAGUUGUUGAAUAAUCUGGGUAAUUUCAUCAACCGAGGCCUGAUGUUCCUCAGUAACAACUUUGGUGGGACAGUUCAGGAGAUGGUUUUGACCGAGGAGGAUCAACAACUUCUGGCACUGGUUAAUUCUGAGCUGAGCACCUACGUAGAGAACAUGGAGCAGGCCAGGUUAAGAGAUUCCAUCCGUAACAUCCUGUCAAUUUCUCGCUAUGGCAACCAGCACAUGCAGUACAACAAGCCAUGGAUCCUGGUCAAGGGGAGCAGUGAAGAGAAGUCUCGGGCAGGCACAGUGGUCAGUCUGGCAUCUAACAUCAGUGCCCUUCUGUCAGUGCUGCUUCGUCCUUACAUGCCAUCUGUGUCUGUGACAAUACAAGAACAACUUCAACUCCCAGAUGAAGCUGUCAUCAUUUGUGAUCAGUUUGUCUGUCAGUUACCACCAGGUCACAAGAUUGGCAAGCCCAGCCCACUGUUCCAGAAGAUAGAAACAGCGACUAUUACUGAACUGAAGAAAAGAUUUGCUGGAAAGCCAGAAGUCAAAAAUCAGCAGGCUGCCCCUACCCCAGUGCCUAGUCAAGCAGUGAAUGGGCCUGUCAAUCCAGCUGAGGUGGAGCGAUUAACCGAGGAGGUCAUAAAACAGGGAAAUAUUGUACGGGAGCUAAAAGCACAAAAGAAAGACAAGGCGGAGAUUGACACAGCUGUGUCAGGGUUGUUGCAGUUGAAGAAGCAGCUAGCCCUGGCCCAAGGACAGGACCCACUAGAGCUGGCUGCCGGGGCUGGCAAGAAACGCAGCAAAGGGAAAAAGAAAUAACCCAUCAUGACUGUUAGUGUGUAACUUAUACUGUACUACAACAAUAUUUUACCAAUAUAUGUGCAAGUUAAGAUACAUUUUCCGCAAUGAAAUAACAUAUGUAUUUAUGUUGAAACACCUUUUAGGGGUUGUCCAACUUUAUUCUUCUUUGAAUGCACAUCUUCAGUUUGCUAAAGAAUCAUGUAAGUUGUCGUGGCUGUGGUUUCUUCCGCAGAAAUCUCAGAAGAACUGGAAAAAGUGUACCACAGCUCCAGUUCUACAAAAGCUUCUACUGUUAUAUAUAUUUGGUUCAUUGAGGUAACAUUUCUUAAUAUGUGUAUUCAGUAAAUGUCAAAAUAUUUUCUCAUGCAUGAAGCUGUGGCAGAUGAAGCCCAGAGUACACAGAGCACUUUACAAACAAAAGUGCUGAAAAUGUUGAAUGCUCAUUAUGCUUAUCAUGAUUAUAACUAUCAGCAGUCGUUUUUUGUGUUUGCAUGGAAACAGCUUUUCAUGAGCACUCAUAAUGUACAAGCACAUACAGAUGGCAUUUCAAUGCAUUUUCGUGUAUAAAUGUAUACUCAUCAGUGACCAUGAUUCAUGUUUGUCUCAGGUAAAACAAUCGUUGUUUACUCACAUUAACAGAUGUACAGAUCUAUUCAAAAUGGUUUACAUAUUGAAAUAUGUACAUACUUGUAGUUCUUCCCAGUGCUUCCUUUCAUGCUUUAUAAAUUUAUCUGCUAUGAUAUGUUUUAUCUUUGUAUCAUAAUGAAUUAUUGAUGUAUGUAGUGGUGGUAGAAGUGUUUAGUUUUCAGUUGCAUACAUAUAUUUUGCUGUAAAAGUAAUGUGUUUAAAUAACGUAUUAUACACGGGAUGUAUAAGCAGCAGUAACAGUGUAAAUAUGACACCAUUAACCAAACCAGGAAGACAUCCCAUAUACAUGUAAGGCAUUUUAAUAUGGUAUGAAAUAAUACAGUACAGGUAAGUCAUAUUGCUAAAAAAUAAAUAAAUAAACAAACAAAUAAACAUUGUGCAAUUUUGAAUAUGAAUACUGACCCAAGACU